AUGCUUGCCCAAGGGGUUUUGGGUGGGAUUGCUUCUGGCAUGCUAUUCGCCCCAGUCAUGACAUGUGUAAGCCACUACUUUCAUAAUCGACGUGCUGCAGCUCUUGGUAUUACAGUCUCUGGAUCUUCCAUUGGGGGAGUUAUAUUUCCCAUUGCCUUGAGCAAGAUGCUCAGGAAUAAAUCCUUAGGAUUUGGAUGGUCAGUUCGAAUUGUGGGGUUCAUCAUCUUAUUUAUGGUAUUGAUAGCGAUGGCAACUGUAAAAGAGCGACUUCCUCCUCGUCGUGGUAAAGUUCUUUUGCCAGCAGCUUUUACCCAUGCUCCUUACACUCUCUGUACCCUCGGUGUCCUCUUCAUGAUGUGGGGACUAUUCACGCCAUUUUUCUAUCUCCCGCAAUAUGCACAGUCUCAUGGCAUGGAAUCGGACCUUUCUUCUUACCUUUUGUCUAUCCUCAAUGCUGCCUCGUUUUUUGGCAGAAUAAUACCAGGAAUGGCUGCGGAUAAGAUUGGUCGCUUCAACAUCUUGAUCAUCAACGGUAUCUGCACAGGGACUCUACUUUUGUGCUGGAUAGCGAUAACUUCAAAUGCGUCAAUUUUUGUCUUUGCAGGGCUCUAUGGCUAUUUCUCUGGUGGUAUCGUGUCGCUGAUGUCUCCUUGCAUUGCUCAAGUGACCCCAAGUCCGGACCAGAUUGGUACCCAUCUGGGCAUGUCGAUGGCCAUUAUUGGCCUUGCUGGUUUGACCGGAACUCCGAUAUGUGGCGCAUUGCUAGAAAGAUACGGAAUGUAUACUCAGGCAGCAGUUUUCAGCGGUGUGGUAAUGUUGUUCGGAUCCGUUCUCGUCGCCGUGGCGAGGUUGCAUCUACAGGCAAAGCUCUUGGAAAUUUUGUGA